ACAACAGUCAUUCCCAUUCCCAUUCCCAUCAUCUCUCUUCAACAUAUCUUUCUCUCUACAAAAACACACAUACACUGGUGGUGGGAGGAGCUUAGCUUAAUCUGUUCGCAAUUAUGGCAGGAAGGAAGAGAAGGAAACACCGAUUUGUAUGAAUCAGGUAUUUUUAAUGGCAACAGAGAAAUUUUGUGCUUCCGUGCUCCUUCAUCAUUCAAUUCUAUCUAUAGUCUAUAGAUCAUAAAUGUUGUCUGAAACAUUCAAGGAUGAUAAAAGAGUAUCAACGAAAGAAAACGACGAGCAAGAUCAUCACGAAUCAUGGUCGAUCCUUCCGUCUGAACUUCUCGAACUCAUAAUCUCCCGAUUAACUCUAAAAGACAACAUCCGCACAUCUUCCGUCUGCAAAAAAUGGCUUUCAGUCGCUUUAUCAGUCAGAAAAGUCAACAAACCGCCAUGGCUAAUGUACUUCCCAAAACUCGGCCACCUCUUCGAGUUCUACGACCCAUCAAAACGCAAAACAUACUCUCUCGAAUUACCACAACUCCAUGGAUGCAGAAUCUGUUACAACAAAGACGGGUGGUUAUUACUCUACAAACCAAGAACACAACGCGUCCUAUUCUUUAAUCCCUUCACAAGGGAAAUGAUUAAACUACCCAGAUUCGAAAUGACAUACCAAAUCGUCGCCUUUUCGAACUCCCCCAAAUCGCAAAACUGUAUUCUUUUCACAGUCAAACACGUCAGCCCUACAGUCGUCGCCAUUAGCACCUGUUCACCAAAUGCAACCGAAUGGACUACUGUAAACUACCAUAAUCGGUUGCCAUUCGUUAGCAGUAUUUGGAACAAACUUGUUUUCUGUAACGGGUUGUUUUACUGUUUGAGUUUAACCGGAUGGCUUGGAGUUUAUGACCCGAUAGAGCACACAUGGAGCAUCCGGAUUGUCCCCCCACCUCGUUGCCCUGAUAAUUUCUUUGUGAAAAAUUGGUGGAAAGGGAAGUUUAUGGCGGAAAAUAAAGGUGACAUUUUUGUUAUUUACACAUGUUAUAGUGAAAACCCGAUUAUUUAUAAGUUAGAUCAAGAAAAUAAAGAGUGGGUAGAAAUGAAAACGCUUGAAGGUGUGACAUUGUUCGCUAGUUUUUUGUCGUCACAUGCAAGAACGGAUCUUUUGGGUAUGAUGAGGAAUUGUGUUUAUUUCUCUAAAGUUCGGUUUUAUGGGAAACGGUGUAUUUCUUAUUCUCUUGAUCAUAAACGAUAUUACCCUCGGAAACAGUGUCAUGAUUGGGGCGAACAAGAUCCAUUUGAAAGUAUUUGGGUCGACCCGCCUGAUGACGUAUCAGCAUUGGAAAGCUAGUGGUGAAGUUGUGAUUAAAGAUUAAUAAGUGGGGAAAAAUGUGUUGUGGAUGUAACAUGAGGAUUGAUGUAUACUAGGAGAUGCUGUUAGAACCCAAGUAGUAGGAUUUAGAAAGUUACAUAAUUUAUGUAGUUUAUUAUGUAAAAGUAAGAGAUAACUUUUAUCUUUUUCUUGUGAUAAUGGUUUGUUUAAUCAUUAAUGUACCUGAGUUUUGACUA